CCCUGGCAGGUCUACCUGUGGAACACUAAGGGGGGCUGGUAUGGGAAGGAAAGGUGCAGUGGUGCCCUCAUCAACGAGUGGUGGGUGCUUACCGCCUGGAACUGCUUUGUCGAGUGGGUGUUCCCCCUUUUUUCCUUUCUUGAAAUCAGUGUGAAAAUGCAUGCAGCCCAUAAGUUCCUCUCCUCUCUACUCCACUCUACUCUACUCCUCUCCUCUCCUCCUCAAACCUGGCCACACUAUGGUGUCUCUGGGGGAGCAUGACCUGACGGUGGAGGAAGGGACAGAGCAGCACAUCCGGGUGGCCAGAUAUGUGCAGCACGGGCCGUAUGCACGAGGCCCCUCUCACAGUCUGGCAAUGGUGAAGCUGGCAGAGCCUGCCCGGUUAACUCAGCAUGUCAUGCCUGUAGCCCUACCCACACGCUGCACUCAGCUCCAUGAGAAGUGUCUGGUCAGCGGCUGGGGCUCCACCAUACCGGGACAGGGUGAGUGGACCAUAAAGCCAGGGGAGGGCUAUAUGCCUCAACCCAAAUUAAUGGAA